CUUUCUGGGUUGAUGGUCAGCCUGUCUGCCUGCCUUGCCUGUCUGUGUCAGGGGCUGGGUUUCUCUUAUUCCAGAAGAGGGGAAAGGAAAAAAAAUAGCUGUGACAAACAUGACCAGAGAAAAACAACGAUAAACAACACGAACAAAUGAGGAUUUAGAGCCUCCAGAGAACCCACCAUGGCUAUAAGGGAGCUGAAAGUUUGUCUUUUAGGGGACACAGGAGUGGGUAAAUCCAGCAUUGUUUGCAGAUUUGUUCAAGAUCACUUUGAUCACAACAUAAGCCCCACCAUCGGGGCAUCUUUCCUGACCAAGACUGUGCCAUGUGGAAAUGAACUCCAUAAAUUUCUGAUCUGGGACACAGCUGGACAGGAACGGUUUCACUCAUUAGCUCCUAUGUACUACAGAGGAUCGGCUGCUGCUGUCAUUGUUUAUGACAUAACUAAACUGGACUCCUUCCAGACACUGAAAAAGUGGGUAAAGGAGCUGAAGGAGCAUGGCCCAGAAGACAUUGUUGUAGCCAUAGCAGGAAACAAGAAUGAUUUAGGAGAUAUCAGGGAAGUUCCUAUGAAGGAAGCAAAGGAGUUUGCUGAAUCAAUUGCAGCUAUUUUUAUUGAGACCAGCGCCAGAAAUGCAGUGAAUGUGGAGGAGCUCUUUCAGAAAAUCAGUAAACAGAUCCCACCCCUGCAAAAUGCUGAAGUGGAGAGCAAUGAUUCCUUCAAACUCACUCGGCAGCCCAACCCGACCACCAGGAGGUGCUGCUAGUACCCACACAGACUGAUGUGAUGAGAUCAGCUUUUUCAACACCCGGAUAAACAAAAUCCACAGUGCACAUGGCAUCCUGCCUGCCAAAAGGACAACUCUAAGGUCAUAGAAAGGGAGAAAUAGCAGUACUAAUUAGGUCUAAACACCAACUUUGAUCAUGUAAGCCAGCAGCAAUAUUAAGGUUUGUCUCCCUCUAGUGGUUGUUGGAUCAAAUCACAUUAAACACACUUUCCAGAAGAAUUUGCUCCUUAGAGGCAGUAUUUACUUCUUCAAAUAUUUCUACGUGACUCUGGGAUGAUUGUAUCAACCUUUGUGUAUUCAUAGAUUUUUUUUUUUUGUGCCAUCUUGUUUCACCCUUAAAGUUCACUAGGACAUUUAACAGCGCAGGUUCUAUUAGCAACAUUUAGCUGAGCUUUAGUUGAGUCGAUCACACAGUGCCUUUUCUUUUUAAAGGAAUCUUUUUAAUGCUGUAGAAUAAACCUCUUCAUGAGUUUGUUGAAGAUGUCUAUGGAAACAUUUCAUAGUGCACUACACAGGAUAGCUGUAAAUAACUGACGACAGCUUUGUUUUCUUUUUUUAAGCAGGAGGAAAGGGGGUUACAUUUGUAAUGUUAAUUAAAAGUAAAACCUGAA